CGGCUGCCCAGGACUCCGGUUAUCGCUGCGGCUCGCGAGCGCCCCGGAAGCUGCCCCUUCUCGGGGUCGUGAUGGGCAGCAAGAUGGCGUCCGCCAGCAGGGUCGUGCAGGUAGUCAAGCCACAUACUCCAUUAAUAAGGUUCCCUAACAGAAGAGAUAAUCCUAAACCAAAUGUAUCAGAAGCUGUGAGAUCAACAGGAGUACCUUCUCACUCUUCUUCAAUUUCACAGCAUCCUAAGGGAAGUAAAUCGUCAGAUUGGCUGAUGCAUCAGGGUCCACCAGACACUGCAGAAAUAGUAAAAACAUUACCUCAGAAAUACAGAAGGAAACUUGUCUCUCAAGAAGAAGUCGAAUAUAUCCAACGUGGAGGUCCUGAAUAAUCACUGACACUGUGGCUGCUGUUUGUUAUCAAACAAAGAAUAGUCUUUACAAUAAAGGACUUCCAAAAUGA